AUGGAUGUGACUACCAAACUGCUGUGUUUUAUGCUGGUAGUUUUGGGUGUCUUGUGUCAGACGCUGGGUAUCUCUCGCCCCACGGCUAUCAAACUAGAAAACAAUGAGUACACAAACGUGCUGGUGGCGAUCCAUGAAGAUGUGCCAGAAGAUAAAAAUCUUAUUGACAAAAUCAAGACGAUGUUCACGGAAGCCUCCAGCUACAUGUACACUGGAACCCGCAAGAGGGCGUUCUUCAAGGAUAUCAAGAUCCUCAUCCCAUCCACGUGGACCGACGACCCCGCCUACUCGUCGCCGACGUCGCAAAUCUACACCAACGCCGACGUAGUCGUGACGGGAAUGACGCCGCGGUACCGUGACAGGCCGUACUCCCGAACCUUCAGCGGGUGCGGCCAGCAGGGAAUAAGAAUUCACCUGACGCCCAAAUUCUUAACUAGUCCGAGUUCCAGGCACGUUUACGGACCCGCCGGUCGAGUUCUCGUCCACGAGUGGGGCCACUUCAGAUGGGGCGUGUUCGACGAGUAUCCCGUGGAAGGCGAGCAGGAGUUCUACUUCUCGCCCACGACGGGAAAGUACGAGGUUGUGCGCUGCAACAUUCACAUGUACGGACAGAUCGCCGUCAUGGACGCCAAUGGCCGCCCUGUCAGACCCCUGACGUUCUGUCGAGAGAGCGACCUCGACAAGGUCACGGGGCGAUAUCCUGAUGGCUGCCACUUCCACGCCGUGACGCGAGGGGCGCGGACGAAGGGAAUAUCGGCGUCCAUCAUGGACAGGCAGGAAAUAGAAUCAAUUGUAAACUUUUGUGACGACGACGUAAGCGACCAAAAGAAAGUGCACAACUAUGAGGCUCCCAACAGACAGAACCGGAUGUGCGGUCAGCGCAGCACCUGGGCCGUUAUUUCGGAGAGUGAAGACUUCCGGGGAGGACGAAACCCGCCCCGAGACGGUGCGGACACGACCCCGACAUUCACCCUCGUGAAGGCUGCACGGACUCGACGUGUGGCUUUAGUCCUUGACGCAUCAGGUAGCAUGACGGUCAAGACUCCGACAUUCACCCUCGUGAAGGCUGCACGGACUCGACGUGGGGCUUUGGACCUUGACGCGACAGGUAGUAUGACGCAUCUUCCACAUGAUGCCCACAAGCACAUUUUGGAUUAUCUAAGAGAUGACGCUUGA